AGUCACCGUCACCCAACUGGUCACACCACCGCCGACAUACUGCCUGCUGGGAUGAAGCUCGCCACCGGAGAACUACAGAGAUUGUUACAAAUCUGAGAUCCUUCACAAUCUUGGUGAUAACUCGAUCAGUUACUGACAUAUAGUUUUAAGGACAAGGGGGGAAAGAGGCGCGCUGCCAAAAUGAUGGAAGAAAUAGAUAGAUUUCAAGUGCCGAGUGCCGUACAGGAGGCGGAGAUGCAGGCAGAGAUGCAGCCGCUGGACCCGGCCUCGUCCACAGCCUCAGAGGUGGACUCCGACACCAGAGAGGGGGAACCUGUCACCAUCAACUACAAGCCCUCACCCCUGCAGAUGAAAAUAGAGAAACAGAGAGAGCUGGCUAGAAAGGGCUCACUGAAGAAUGGCAACACUGUAGGUAGUCCAGUCAACCAGCAGCCCAAGAAGAACAACGUCAUGGCCAGAACACGGUUGGUAGUGCCCAAUAAAGGUUAUUCCUCUCUAGACCAGAGCCCGGAUGAGAAGCCCUUGGUGGCGCUAGACACAGACAGUGAUGAUGAUUUCGACAUGUCCAGAUACUCAUCAUCGGGAUACUCCUCUGCUGAGCAAAUCAAUCAAGAUCUGAACAUCCAGCUGCUUAAAGACGGUUACCGCCUAGAUGAGAUCCCGGACGAUGAGGACCUGGAUCUGAUCCCGCCAAAAUCAGUCAACCCCACCUGCAUGUGCUGCCAGGCAACCUCCUCCACCACCUGUCAAAUACAGUAACCCCACCCUUCUGACCUCAUGCCCCUUCCCCUAUCCACACAAUAUAACCCCCGAUCUUCAUCUGCUGUGAGUUUACUUCGCCGCAGUGGUGACAGUGAAACAUUGGUAGAGUAUUGUAAUGACAGUGCUAUGAUGAUAAUGACAAUGAGAAAUAAUCAAAUUAACAUACAGAGUGUUUGGUUUAAAAUCCAGGAGAAGGAACACAUUUGAAAAAGUAUUUAAAAUAUGAGAUAAAGCGGUGUUUUCCUCCUAUGGUAGGACGUGCACUUGUGUUUGAAAGCCCUUCUCCUGGUGUACAUGAUGUAACAUAUUAGUGGACAGAAGACAGAUGGUCAAUUGAUGCUAUAAAUUAAAGCUAUAAUGAACUCCAUUAUCCUGAAGAAUAAGAAACAUCAUAACCGCUGACUCAACUGUUCUGCUUACCUUACUGAAUUCUGGGUUGCAUUUUUGCAUUUUUAUAGGAUUUUUUUUUUUUUUUUUAAUUUAAAUGCUUACUUUUUUAAGUCUGAUGGAUAAGUAUGAUUGUAUGUGUUGACAUGGAGAUAUUAUAAAAGUGUGGGGUGCAGUCUUUGUGUCUCCAAAUAAAGGACAUGUGGCACUGUAAUCAUUGUACUGUACAGGGUUGUUAUGUAGCACAGACCAGGUCUUUGCACUCAUUCAUGCCACCCUCAACACUUUUUUUGCUCGACUAGCUUGAGAUGUUUCAGUACCGAAUUUAGGGAUGAAUGUAUGAACAUGAAUGGCUAAGGAACAAAAUGCAUGAAGAGCACCCAACUAGAAAAACUGAAUGGAAAAUAAUAAGGAAGUAACUUGUUGCACAUUUGAUUUCUGCCCUAUUUUUAUUGUGCAAUCACAUGCCAAUGCUGUGGCACGAGCUUGACUUGUGUUUGUUUUUAAAUUUGCACAGUUUUUUUUUUAAAUAUUUUGGGGGCCAUAUCUGUGUACUCUUUCCUGCAUAGCAGUGACAGUGUCUUAUCUGAAAUGAACUGUGUCAAAAGGGAAGGGAUAUUACAUAUCGUUGUAACAACGCUCGCACACGAUGCUCACAUGAUGCUCACAUGAUUGACAUAUAAUCAAGGCCAAAGGGAUUGCAGGGGCCUUUUGAUUUUUCAGCAUACAUUGUUGAGUUACCCCACUACACUAAUUUCUCAAUCACUAGUCACUCCCUCCUUCUCAUUUCUGUUCCAUGACCACAGACCAUCAGGCGAGUACAUAGGUUCAGACAGCAGAAAGAUUCACUUUCUCAUCUUUCUCUCUCACACACACACACACACACACACACACACACACACACACACACACGCACAUAAAUGCAUAUGCAUAUGCAUGCAUAAAGACAUACAAAGUCUACAUAAAGAGUGAGAUGGCAUCUAUUUGUCUAUUUAAGGUAAUAGGUUGUCAAUUGUUUUGUAAUUGCAAUAUCAAGCAUCAUUGACUUGGAGCACUAAUAUCCUUUAUUCACAACUCCCUCCCUUAAAAAUCAGUUGAU